AUGAAGGUCACAUCCGCCCUUGUAAUCGCCAGUUUGGCAUCCGCUUCUGCCUUUUUGCCAAGUCCUACUCAGCAACAGACAUCUGCUUCCACCAACACGGCUCUGGACGCCAGCAGUCGCCGAGAAUGGUUGUCUUCCGCCGCUUCGGUGGUUGCUCUGGUUGGUGUUCCCCAACUAGCUUCUGCUGGUUCCCGCCCAACUUAUCUGGUGGAACCUACUGAUGAAUUCAAGGCCAACGAAGCCAAGGCCAUGGAGUUCAAGCGUGCACAGUUGCUCGUCAAGAAGGAGUUUGCCACUGUAUUGGAUCGGCUGGCAACGGAACCUAAUAAUGAAGAAGCCUUGGUCAACGAUCUGCAAGAACUGAAACUACUUGUCGCCAAGACUGGAGGACUUCCAUUGGGAAUCAAGAAGGAAGAUGUCUUUAAGGUUAUUCGUAGCAAGAAGGCUAAGGGAUUCUGGCCAACAGCGGUGGAAUAUGCAUACCAAAAAUUGAUCAGUGAAAUUUCUUUUCAACAAAGUCCCAACCUUGAAAAGGAUAUGGGCAGUCCCUAUUAA